ACUAGUAUAAGCCAUAAACAAAAUAAAAUAAAAAAAUUAUGUAUUGGACAAUCAUAUUCAUCUUCAUUAGCUCCAUACUUAUUUUUCUCAUAUCCCUCCUUAGAAAACAUUUCUCACACUUCUCGUAUCAAAACCUUCCCCCGGGAAAGAUUGGUUUCCCCUUAGUCGGAGAGAGCUUUUCUUUCCUCUCUGCGGGCCGUCAAGGCCAUCCAGAGAAGUUUAUUACCGACCGAGUUCGUCGCUUCUCCUCCACAUCCUCCUCCUCCUCAUGUGUCUUCAAGACACACCUCUUUGGUUCUCCCACCGCGGUGGUGACUGGUGCCUCUGGAAACAAGUUUCUUUUCACGAACGAGAACAAGCUCGUGGUUUCGUGGUGGCCAGAUUCCGUUAAUAAGAUCUUCCCUUCUUCAACGCAGACUAGCUCCAAGGAAGAAGCCAAGAAGCUGAGGAUGCUUCUUUCACAGUUCAUGAAACCUGAGGCUUUGAGGAAGAACGUAGGUGUUAUGGAUGAGAUUGCUCAAAGACAUUUUGAGACUGAAUGGGCCAAUCAAGAUCAACUCAUUGUCGUCCCUCUCACCAAAACGUUCACGUUUUCACUAGCAUGCCGUUCGUUCCUUAGCAUGGACGAUCCCAAAAAAGUAAGGCAACUUGAAGAAAAAUUCAAUAAGGUAGCGGUAGGGGUCUUUUCAAUCCCAAUAGACUUACCGGGAACACGUUUUAACCAAGCCAUUAAGGCGUCGAGGUUACUCAGAAAAGAGGUUUCCGCGAUCAUAAAGCAAAGGAAAGAAGAGAUAAAAACAAAGAUACCAUUAGAGUUAAAAGACAUAUUAACUCAUAUGUUGAUGAACAUAGGAGAGACCAAAGACGAGGAUUUGGCUGAUAAGAUUAUUGGUUUGUUAAUCGGAGGACACGACACAGCCAGUAUUGUAUGCACUUUCAUUGUCAAUUAUCUAGCUGAAUUCCCUCUUGUCUACCAACGUGUGCUACAAGAGCAAAAGGAGAUACUAAAGGAAAAGAAAGAAAAAGAAGGAUUAAGGUGGGAGGACAUUGAGAAAAUGAGAUAUUCAUGGAAUGUUGCAUGUGAAGUGAUGAGACUUGUACCUCCUCUUUCUGGCACUUUUCGUGAGGCCAUCACUCACUUCUCCUUUAAGGGUUUUUACAUUCCUAAAGGAUGGAAGUUAUAUUGGAGUGCGGCCACGACACAUAUGAAUCCAGACUACUUCCUGGAACCAGAGAGAUUUGACCCGAACCGAUUUGAAGGAAGUGGUCCGAAGCCAUAUACCUAUGUUCCAUUUGGAGGAGGACCUAGGAUGUGUCCAAGGAGAGAGUAUGCUCGCCUAGAGAUACUUAUAUUUAUGCACAAUCUUGUUAAAAGAUUCAAGUGGGAAAAAGUGUUUCCUAAAGAGAAUAAAAUAGUGGUUGAUCCCUUACCAAUACCAAGUAAAGGUCUCCCUAUUAGAAUUUUUCCUCAAUCUUGAGUCAAAAUUUGAAACUUGAGGGAUCAAUGAGUGUAUUGGUCUCAUCAUGCUUCAUUAUUAAAAUUAUUGUUGACUCAUAGACAAUAACUAAAUAAAAAUUCGCUUAUG